GCAUGGUGGGGAGCACGAGAAGGGUUUAUUGGCUUUGCAUAUGAAUUUGGGUUACUGGUUACGCAUGAGACAAUCACUAUUGGACUGGCUGUCAGAGACUUUGGAUUUCAGGCAGGAAAUUUUCAGCCCAGAUUUGAAAGGUUCAAGCCUAAAGGCUCGUGAACGUCCUCCUUUGUACAAGGUUUUGGAUCCCAAAUACAGUAUUCUGACUCAGGUUCAGCAGUUCUUUGCGUCGUUGCUGAUGUGCUCUGAGGGCAGUGGCAAGAUGGCGAAUGAAUCCUUCAACCCUUGUUCCAAAGAGGUCUGGAAUGAAGUGAAGGAUUCAUACAAUUCUCUUCCACAAGAUCAAAAAGAUAUCUAUGAGUCUAUGUCUUCUGAAUCAAAGGCAAAUGCUGCGCUUCAGAGGGCCAAGAAGAAAGCUGAGAAAACCGGGAACGCGCAGAGGGAUGAGACUGCGAACAAUGUCGCUCUGGUAGAUGAACAGAAGGAAUCACCUUUUUUUCACGUGCAAUCUGUUCCAUACUCAAAGUUGACCAGCGCUGUUUCAGAUGCUUCUACUUUGGAAGACGUAGUGCAAUUAGCUGGAAAGAAAUUGAGACAGGAACUGCCCGGUAAGCACACGUUUCCUCUUAGUGAAAAUGUGUUGGAGACUGCCUUUCAAGGGUUAGCACGCAAUGGUCUUUCUGGAAAGGCGGCAGAGGCCAAGUUCAGAGUUGAGUCAGAGCGAAUUGCACGUCCCCCCGACAACGACAUUUUUCCUGAGCGUGUCGUGCAUCAGGGCGUGUGCGGAGAGUUGUGCAGAAAUUUCACUGACCCAAGGCGGAUUUCAUUCCAUCAAAGAGUUGAGGACUUGUUCCAUCAACUUGUCAGAGAUCUGGGAGGUGUCAAAGAAGCUGUGGGUUACGAUCCUCUAUGUGCAUGUCAAGUCGUUGACUCACUGGGGAAGACUACUGUGCAGUUCGCUUUUAUGACUGCACCAUCGGCUCAAUCUGGCAUUCACAAACCUCAAGAGGUUUUUUGCUUGCUCAAUGUUGCGUUGGAAGGGGAUGAAGAUGAUCCAGAUCCAUUUUGUGGGUUGAUUCUGGAACUGGCCACUUCGGAGUAUAUCACUCCGCAAGGUUCUCUUUAUCUUCCAGUCCAGGCAAACAAAGUUGGUGCGUUGAAAAUGUUUGCAACAGAUGAGUUUGUGGAACAUCUUCUUGAUUUGCCCACCGUAUCAGACCCUAGCAACUACGCUGAUGAGAUUAAUGUCUGUUUGCUGAAGUUUGAAGAUAUUCUUCCAUCGGUCGUGAAGGUUCUUGGGAUCGACUUCGAUGUUGGUACACUGGUCGCAAAGAGCCAUGAAGAUACUGACAUGGAUGCUUUGGGUGAUGAUGAUGACGAUGAGGAUGUUGGCGAGCUUCCCCUAGAUGUUGAACAGUUCUGUGCAUCAGUGCACAAAGCCGCUGAUAUCAAUGAGCAUCGUCAUGCCCAAGACCAAGUGGGGGGUGUCGAUUUCGGCGGGGGUGACAGUGACAGUGAGUCCGACGGGGAUGUCUUGGUAGAUACUGGUUUAUCCAUCGACGCUGACGCUGCACCUGCAACUUGCAGCCAGUCGCAGCAAGGGAGAAAAAAGGAUGGACCCCACGAUUUGUUGUUUGAGACACCCAAAGGGAAGAAGAAUCGGAGCAAGGGCAGUCCAUCAUCUUCUAGCAAGAUGAGUGUACAUUCGAAGUCCUCCAAGUCUCCCAGCACUCCCAAGUCCCCUACGACGCGCAUGGUCAUGAAGGUUGUGACGAGCAUGAAACGCAUGUCUUUGAGCUCUAAGACUUCUACUUCUACUAAGUCUCCCAAGUCUGUGAAGAAGGUCAUCAAAAAGAUUGACAAAGGUGGUGGCCUAUGGGCCUUGAGGAAGCCGGUUGGGAAGCAAAGGAACAAUCCAACCUAUGGGGAACAUCGCGACCAUGAGCUGAACGAAAAGUUGAAUGAUCCUGUCUACAAGACGGAGUUUCUCAAAGCCAGGAGUGAGUGGUGCGAGGAGCGCCAGGGUGGUGGGAAGAGACGACGUCUUCAGGGUGAGAAAGGUGCAGGUUACAUGUGGCCAGUGGCAUUGCUGAAGAAGCACGACAAGCCCACUCCGGCAGCGAAAAAACUGCAAUCAAUCCACCAUCAGGGAAAGCUCGUCAAGGGUUUGAUCUUGGAGGAAUGGGCCAUCGGUGCUAUCGAAGUUGCUAGCCAUUCGGACAAGAAGGCCAAGCUUGAGACCCGCUUGGCACUGGACGAUUCAGGUGAUGAAGCUGGUGAGGCUUCUGGGGCUUUCGAGCAUCUUCAGAAAAAAGUUCGUGUCACUAGUUCUACCAAUGACGAUGGCACUGAGAUUACUUUGAAAAUGCCGAAGUCCAAUGGCACCAAUGAAGACGAUGAACUUCAUUCAUUGCUUUGGGGCUCUGCCACCAACAAUUCGGAUGAUGAGACUGACGCCAAGAAAAAGAAAGCCAGUGGUAUCAACAGGAACAAGCGCACUCUUCGUGCAGAAGCACGCAAAGAUGACGGGUCAAGUGCAGCGGCUUCUACAUCCAAUGAUGCAAACACGAGCACUUCCAAUGACGGCUUGUGGGGUUUGUCCAUUCCACCAACUUCUUCUAGGAAGACGCAUCAGGAAUCCCGAGAGCUUGACAAAAUCGAGGCAGUGAUUUUGCAGGCAAACCAAAUGAAGCGGCAAAUGGAGGACCCAAGAACGGUUCAGCAGAUCACAGUGGUGAAAGCCCGCGCGAUGCUGGACAAGAUCGACGGCAAGAAGACGGAGGAGGUGAGUAGAAUGGUGCUAGAGAUGAUCAGGAACGAAGGCAAUGGGUGUCGCGCAUCACAGGUGUGGGACAGCUUGAGGGAAGCGAAGUCUUUGGUAGAGGGGAUUGUCGAGUUCACAGAAGCUCUGCAAGACCAAGAAGCCAGCACGGAGACUUUGCGUGCUUGUGCCGUGCGCAUCAAGGAUUUGGGUGUGAGCCUUCCCCGAAGUGUGAACAUGGUGAUGUGCAGGCGAUCUGUUGAGAAGCUUAUCAACCAGGAACAGUUUGAGGAGAUUUUCAAAUUCUUGGACCCAUCAUGUGCCAAAGACAUCCCCCUGGGCAUUUCCACAGUUCUUCCUGAGGGUGAGGAGAAAGAGAAGCUGAACGCUUUGAUCAUGGACGUGCAAAGCGGCUCUAUCUCGCACUGCAUCAACCAGAUUCUGCUGAAGGAGUUCACUUCCGAGUCUUCUGAGGCUGACGAAGCAGCAAAUGCAGCUGCAAGAGAGAAGUUCAUGAUUCACAGCGUCGACAAGCUGGUUGAGUUCAUCGAUAUGUUCAAGGAGUCGAGCAUUUUCGAAACAUCUUCUCCUACCAAGUCCCCUUUCAGGGAAGAGCUCAACAAGAUCUUGCUCCUUGCCAAUGCUGUGGCUUCUCAAAGAAGACUCCAGACUUCUGACCUAGAUGAAUUGGAGUUUGCAAAGAGCUCCCUUCUCAAAAACAGAACCAGUGCUUUCUACAAUGGCUUUACCAUCUUCCCUCUUGGUCUCUUCAUCGUUGACUCUACGCACAAGGCAAUCCAGCAGUGUCGCCAUGACCAACUGGUCUACAAGGAGCUGUGUGCUGCGGGUGAGUACGCCACUUCCAUUGGCGUGAUCAAAAAGGAAGCGAUGAUCAAAGACAAAGGACAGGGAGAGGGUGAGUUUGAGAUUCUGGUUCCCAAUUCUUCGAAGUUUGCAGACAUGGUAGCCAAGCUCUUCUUAUUCAAAGAGGGUGCUUCAUCGGCUAUGAAACUAUCUGCAGCCUGCAUCUCUUCGUGCAGUGAAAUCGAGAAUCGAAUUGAAGAGGUCAGGAGUGCUCUUCUGGAAGCAGUCGCGACCAAGUUUGAGCUGAAGUUCAAGAAUUUGAAUGGCAUCUUGGAAAAAUGUCCGCAAGGUCUCAAUGAUGAUCAGUUGUCCGAGUGCUGCCAGGAGAUUCAAAAGUUGAUUGCUUUUCAUCCGUGUCCCAAGUUCCAGAGUGCCAAGCUUUUGGGAAAAGAAUGUGCAUCAGUGAUUGACGAAACCAUGAACUCACUGAUCAAGAUUGCCAAAAUGUUGCAAGCAGCCGUGCCGAAGCUUGCAAAGAUGGGUCAUGGUUUGGAUGAUGCGGGUGAGAGCCUUUUCAUGAACCAAGUGGUCACGGAUCUCUUUGCGGUGUUGAGCGAUGAGGAUGCUUGUCGCAAGAUCAAAAACUUUGCCCCUGUGCUCAAGAAUGGCUUGGACUCUGUGAAGGUGACGAUUAUGUCAGCGGUUUCAGCAUGGGUGAGCAAGACUGCUGCUACGUUCCAGUCCUUCCUAGGUUCUUUGCUUGAUACUGAGAUUGUGGUCACCUCCAUUCUCAAGUAUGAGAUCGUUGGCAACGUUGGGGCCGAGACCGACGAAGGAGUUGAUUGGUGUGGGGUCUACGCGGGCUUUGUUCAGCAUGAUCAAAGAAUGACAGGAAAGGUCCAGGUGAAAAUGAACGGUGAGAUGAAAACACUGGACAUGCACGUCGCAUUUCUUUGUCUUGCUGGUUCUCUUCUACAAGUUUCGAAGUAUUCCAACCUUGUGUCAACGACAUUGGGUGAGAUUGAGAAAGUGGAUGUCUUCCAAACCCUGUACCAGAAAGAAUUCACAGAGAAAAAGAAGACAACUCCAGCUCCAGCCAAUGUGGAGAAAUCCAAGUUGGACUACAUGACGAUUCUUCUUCCUCAUUUGACCCGGCUGUCCAAAGCAGUGGUUGCGUUUGAGUCCAUUUUGUCCAAGAUCGAAGAUGGCAUCGGCUACAUGGAGAACAUCAAAGACUUUUGGAAGAAGUUGAUGGAGACGCUUCGUGCCGCGUUUCAGAAGUAUGUGCAGGAGAUGUUUGGAGAGCUCGAUAGCAUCAAGAAGGGCAUCAUGUACUUGUUUGACCAGGUGAAGGGCAAACAUGACAUCCUGGACCUCUUUCAGAAGGACAAACUUCCCGAAGCAAGUGUUGCUAGCUUGGUCGCAGAUGAGGAUGCUACGGUUCUGUUGUUCUUGGGUGGGAAGGUCCUCACACGACAGCUAGCACCGGGGGAGACCAGGUUAG